AUGCCCGACAAGUCCUUGCACACGGGUAAGUCAUACGGUUUUUGCAAUGGUGUUUUCUGUCUCUAUGGAUACUACGGAUACAGUGGACGUGGACGAUUCAUUCUGUGGAAUCCCGCCACCAGGGAGGUCAAGUUUAUUCCCCUCCCUCCUCACAAUCCUUUUGAACUCGAAGAAUCCGGACUCUUGCACGGGUUCGGUGUUGAUCUCAACACCAAUGACUUCAAGUUGGUCAAGUCCAACAUCGAUUUGGACAAUCAGCUUCAUCCUGUUUCAUCUGCGCAGGUCUAUAAUCUCAGCACCAAUUCCUGGACCCUUAUUCAUGAUGUUACUCUCCCUCCUAUCAAACAGGUAUGCUUAGGCCACGAGACACACAAUGCUCUUUCUAAUGGGAUUUAUCAUUGGUUGAUUGGAUAUGAUGAUGGUGGUUUUGCUUAUAUCCUUUGCUUUGACUUCCGCACCAACAAAUUUAGUAAACUCAGGGGGCCAAUCGCAGCAAUUAAUGAUGGUUUGUUUAUGAGGGAUUACGUUGCUGAGAUUGACGGUUCCAUUGCCUAUGUUGCACUCUAUGAUAAUCCAAAGCUGUUGACAAUUUGGGUUAUGAAUCAACACGGCUGGGCUAAAAAACACACCAUUUGGCGACCUGAUCCCAGAGAUUCUUAUCUUUUGCAUUUUGAAGGAUGGUUCUCAAUUCAUCGGAGGAAAGCCCAGAAAACCGCUGACACUAUAUAA